AUGGUGAGAAAGAGUGAUAUAGCUCAACAAUUAACAGAAGUAGAAAGGCAAGCUGAUAUUUCUCUAAAAUCAAGCAUGGAGGGUAAUAGAAAAUCCAAGAAGAAUGAUUUUGCAUAUACUGUACAACCCACCAGGAGGUGGGAUUUAAAGGUAGUUCAUUUACAUGAUGGAAUGGCAGGGCAGGUGAAGAUUAAGACAAUUUGGUUAGGAGGAAAAAGCCACAGUUUUAGCUUACCGGACAAUGUUCUAACAAUGGCACUUUGUACAUUACCUUCCAUGGAGGAAACAAAAGCAGUUGUUUUUGCUUUAUCUGUUGAUAGUGCUUAUGGUCCAGAUGGAUUAUCAGGAGUGUUUUAUCAAAGCUGUUGGGAGAUAGUUGGCACAGAUGUACAUGAUCUAGUGAAGGAUUUUUUCGAAGGUAAUAGUUUACCAAAGUCUAUCACUUAUAAAAACAUGGUUUUUUUACCUAAGAAGGCAAUAAUCAACACAUUCUCAUACAUGAGACCCAUAAGUCUCAGGAACUUCAUCAAUAAAUUAGUGUCUAGGGUAGUUAAUGAUAGACUUGAAGGAGUAUUAUCAUCUUUGAUAUUUCAAAAUGAAUCUGGUUUUGUGAAAGUGAGAAAUAUUAUUAAGAAUUUGUUGUUGACUCAUGAGAUAGUUACUGAUAUUAGAAAGAGGGAAAAACCAGCUAAUGUGGAUAUCAAAUUGGACAUGGAAAAGUGUAACGACUCGCUUGGUCGGUAUAGUCUUUUCGGUGCUCUUUGA